GGCAGCGCACCGUCCGACAGCAGCUCACACUUCUUUAGAAAACACCAACUAAGAGCUUCUUAAAGGACAUUAGGGAGAUUAUUCUUUCCACUUCAAACCUGCUCCCAGCUAAUUGUUCGUCUCUGGGGAGCCGAGGGCGCACAUCUGUAGGGAGCCCCUGACACCGCGGAGCCUGUACUGGCACAUGUAAAAGAUGGAGAUCCUGGACGUUAUGGGUGAGGAAGUGAUGGAGACAGAGGGAUCCGCUGUCUUAACAACCCUUUUCAACAGCAGCUUGGAUGGGACUGCUAACUUCACCAACAUCACCUUUUUCCCCUACUAUCAACACUCUCUGUAUGUAGCUGCCAGCUACAUUCUGGCAUACUCCUUCAUCUUCCUGCUGUGCAUGGUGGGUAACAUCCUGGUGUGUCUGAUCGUACUGGAAAACCGAUGCAUGCGCACAGUGACCAACCUCUUCAUCCUUAACCUGGCAGUCAGUGACCUCCUUGUGGGGAUCUUCUGCAUCCCCACAACACUGGUGGACAACCUCAUAACAGGUUGGCCCUUCUCCAACACGGUGUGCAAGAUGAGUGGAUUUGUGCAGGGCGUGUCUGUGUCAGCCUCGGUCUUCACCCUGGUAGCGAUUGCCAUUGAAAGGUUCCGUUGCAUUGUGUACCCUCUCCAGCCAAAGCUGACGCUGCUUGUUGCCAAGGUAGCCAUUGUGUCGAUCUGGGUGUUAGCCGUGGCCAUUAUGUGUCCUGCUGCAGUAGCGCUGACUGUGGAGAAAGUUCCUUUCCAUUACAUGGUUUACAACGAGGAUUUCAACCACACGUUGCCCCUUUACACCUGCUAUGAAAACUUUGCCAAUCCCCACAUGAGAAAGGUCUACACGGCGGUCCUGUUUGCCCACAUCUACCUGGUUCCCCUCACUGUCAUCACCUUGAUGUAUGUAAGCAUCGGUGUCAAACUCUGCUCCUCCGCUGUCGCAAACAGAGAACCACAGUUGGGCAACGUCACAGUCCAGGCAGGGGGCAGAAGACAUGCUCAGCAAGUGAUAUCCCAGAAAAAGAUCAAGGUAAUAAAGAUGCUCAUUGUGGUGGCGUUGCUUUUCAUGCUGUCCUGGUUGCCCCUCUGGACCCUCAUGAUGAUGGCCGACUACGGUGGACUGAACAGGGACCAGCUGGACCUUCUCACCAGCUACAUCUUCCCCUUUGCCCACUGGUUGGCCUUCUCCAACUCCAGUGUGAAUCCCAUCGUCUACGGCUACUACAAUAAGAAUUUCAAGAGGGGCUUUCAGGCGGUGUGCAAGACGAAGCCCUUCUGCUGCGUCAUCCAGCUGAGGAGCAGAAUGCCCCGAUGGGGACGGAGAGGAAGGUCUGCACAAGCACCAUACGAAGGGACUGAACUAAGGGAUGGCAGCAACAACCACAGCAACUUUCUGUUGGGACUAAGAAACCGUGUCCACAAUGACAACAAAAUGAGUGAAACGCCCGAAAUAAACAGGAGCUCGAGAGUGGGGUGUGUGGUGGUCCACAAGGGGAGAAGUCUCUCAGAUCAAGGGAUAGAAAUGGUAGCCAUACAUAAGAAAAGCAGUAAUGGAGAGGGUUCUGAGAAGGUAAGCUCUCUGGCGGUUUCAGUGUAUCAGGCGUGGGGUAACUGAGUGAUAACUUUAACAAAAUAUGAACCAAACAAAGCCAUAACAUGUUGCAUUGGCAAAGAAAAUUAUGAUUUAUGUAUAGCAGUCAUUAGACAGAGUGUUACUCCAAACCCAGCGACUCUGGACCACAUCCAGUCUAAACACUUUAAGACCAUGUUCCAAUUUAAGUAGUUGCAGCUGAAUAUUACUGCUUUUUUUCAAUUCAUGGUCAGAUGAAGGGGUUAAAUACUCCAGUGUGAUUACUGCAAGCAUAUGCCUGUAGAAAAAUGCAAUCUUGAACAUAGAUUACACCGACUGGGUAGUUGUUAUCAAGAAGCAACAAAGCUGAAAAUCAGCGCUAAAAACAUCGACUCCAACCGUAAACACAGACCAAACAUAGAUUUACAUCUGAUUUAAAAUAUGUUCUCAACUGCCAUUUUUCCUAUGUGUAUUAGAUUGGUUAUGAAGAGCCUAUGCCUUCAGAAACAAAUACAGAACCUUUUAGGCUCUUUUAAAAGAGUCAAUUUGAUUGCUGUUUUAAUUUGAAAGAAAAUGUGCACACAUCAGACAUUACAGAAUGUGUCCUCAGUCGGCUUAAUGGAUGGCACAAAAUGCUUAAAAUCCUCAAAGGUGACUCUGGGGCACUGAAGUCAGCGCAACAAAGAGUUUCCUCACUCUGCCACUAUCCUUUUUAUCAAAUAAUCCCCCCCCCCCCCUUCAUUCAUGUAUAUCAAGAAUCAGUGUCACCCUGACCUGUGCAUUAUGAAAAAAGAGCAUUUACAUUCUCAUUUCAGCUGAUAUGCCUGCCUUUCUUCUCUAACAGCUGCAUCAUAGCCAUGUUCUAUUAGUUUUGUAUUUGUAACUCCUUACAAAAUGUUCUCUGUCAUGACACUGUGUUAGAUACUGCAACAUAAAACAACUAGCAUUCACUAAAUAAGUGUGCCUUUAAAGAGAAUGAACCUACCUCUGUUCUAAAUGCACGAACGUCAGUGAAAACUCUGCGUUUAGACACAAUUAAGAACUCAACAAAAACCUGCUAGUCAACUACCUCAAUUGAAACCAGGUUUUUUUUUUUUUUUGUAAAUAAACACAACAUCAAACUAAUUUAGCACCAUGGUGAUUAUAUGUUUUAGUGAAAAUAAAACAAAAAAAAAUGCUUGCUGUUAAUAGGGUUUUCCAUUUAUACAGCAGAUACGCUCCACAGACGCUUUCCUGAUGAUGGAUGUAGUGCAGUUGCAGUGACACGCUCUGCAGUGAAACAAAAAUGAAGCAAAAAGUAACUUAGUCCUUCUGUAGCAGAUCACUGUAAAGUUCCCACCAUAACAAACCUCUCUCAAUAAAGAACCAGUUAGAGUCAUCAAGAGGCUGCUCGCGCCUUGUGGCAAAAGAAGUACCCCCUCGGAUGGUUGGACCCCUGUCAUUAUCUUGAAAAUGUACAGUAUGGAAUGAAAAUAUAAUUAUCUUGAUGCUGUGAAGUACACUGAUAUGCAGACAGCAAUCAAUAACAAUAAAAAGCCAACAAAAUGAAUAAAUAACAGGAAACUGUUACUUAUGUGUUGAUUUUUCAUCAUAGUGUGAAUACAGAUAGGUCUGUAGCACAUGAUAUAAAAACAAUACCUAGGGAUAACUGUUGGAAGGUAAUAAAUAUUUACUAAGUACCAAAAUAUUUACAAAAACAUUUUUUUUAAACCAGCAACAACAUAAAACAGCCAGGAAAUUCCACAACAUAACAGUAAUGAUAACAAUCUUUGCUUCGUCAUAUUCAAACUGUCAUGGCAUUUGACUGUCAGGUCUCCACUCUCUGCAGGUUACAACAUAUAACCCUGUUGCUAGCUUCAUUUUGAUCUUUGAACAGCUGUGGUGGUUAUUGCAUUUUACACACCUGAUCAUUUUUUACCUAAAUCUGGCCUUUCACAAUGCACAAUUUAUGGACAGUGGUCUUUUGCCCUUGCCUUUGGCAGGGGAGGAUUUACGACUUUAGGACACAAGACUCUGUCACAGUGUCUCGCCUUCUGUACUUGUCUGCCAAUUACAUACACAUGCACAACUUUUCUGUUAUGUAGAUCUCAGGUUUUUUCACCAAAUGUGUACAUGUCAGUUGACUGAAUAUUUGGACACUUGCUAACGUCAUAUAUCAAGAGAGUUUGAUAAUGUGUAACACUCUCCGUUUUGCACAUUAUCAAUCUGUGUCUGCUCCCAUCAAAUUCAUCCAGGGAAAGGAGGGACAUUCAGCAGAACUAUCCAAGCUGAUUGGUCGAUGUGACAUCUAGUUCCCACCUCCCAAAGGUUGGUUUUAGCCAAUCGUCGUAUCAAACGAAACUGUAAACAGCAGGAGCCAUGUGAAACCACAAGUUACGCUGGUCAAGGCACAUCUUGCUGUUCUACUUUUAAAGAAGAACCUGUGUAUUCUGACCAAACAGAUGUGAUAGCAGCAGCAACACGUGCGUCCACCUGCGCUGUCAUGUUUAUAUUGGUUCGGCAGCUGUUGCUUUCGUCAUAGCGGUUUGCCCCGCCUUAAGCCAUAAUACCGUUUUUCAAACGAUUGAAAGCAGAACGGGAGGGACAAGAUGGAUUCCCGUGUGUUUAUGAAUGCACACACCACAGGAAUUCAGCUUGCAGCCAAGGGUACAUGCCACGUUCCCAUUCAGCAGCGGUAUCUGGAAGCCAGUUGCAAUUUCCUAAGGUUAGAUUUUGGGAAGCUUCGUGAUGUUUGGCAGAUAGUGCUCUAGCAUAGCUUGACAAGCCUCCACUAGCUGCCGUACUUUCAUUGCCACGCUUUGCGCACUGUGAUCUUUGCUAACUAAGAGUGAAUGGGUCAAAAUACUAAACAUGUGUAUCACCACUGAUGCAUAGGUCAUGUGCAGUGCUGUAAAAUAAAAAACCCAACAGAUUUCUUCUGAUUUUUGCUCUUCUAUUCACAUAUUCAUUUUCUGAUUCCAAUCAAACCAAUUUUAAUAUUAAAUAUAACCCAAGGCAAAUGUAGCAAAGCAGUAAGAUUGAAGAAAAAGCCGUUUUCAACCAAUUAAAUGUAUCCUAGCAAACCUGGCUUUUUUUUGCAUUUACUUAUCCUUUCUUUGUAUGAUAUAAAAACAUAGAAAAAAGCCCUGCAACUUAAAACAACAACAGAGGAAAUCUGAAGGGAACUUAAUACUUCUCACAGCACCAUAUGACUCUGAAAUGCAUUUCUUUAAAAAUGCAUUUUAUUUAAUUUUUACACCUUUGGUUCUAUACAAAAAGUUGUUUUAGUUCAGUUUUGAACUAGAUUAGUAAAUGCUCUCUCCACUGAGUUAUUAAAAUCUUUGUCUUAAAGGUUUAAGAAGUGUUUAAAAACCACACAGUGGGAGUCUAGUUUGAAGCAGCAUUUAUAGAUGCCAAAAAGAAAAUGAAAGUACCAUUUGCCAUUUCAAGGAGCAUUGAUACUGACUUGUCUAAACAGGGUUUAGAAAUUAGAUUGGUGGUGUUAGGGCAUCUGCUAGCAGGGAUAUUGAGAUGAAUACUAGGAUUUAUGCAGACAAACUGUUUCCAUUCAUAACACAACAGAGGAAAUGUCUAAUACCCACUG